UGUGGUUUGGGUCCUGUGUUUGUGUCGUAAGUGUCAGAGAAUAAUAGUAAAUUAUUUUCUGACAAUUAAACUAAAUAGAAACUGGAAUUGGUUCCAUCAAAUUAAGGGAGGUGAAGUUAUUUAUUUAUUUAGUACUAAAAAUUUAAAAAUUAGCAUAAGAAGGACAGGAUGUGCACAAGGAAAACUUAUCUCUAAAGAGAUUUCUUACGGAAGUUCUCGAAUGUAAGAAAAAUUGAAGGCAAUGAGCAGCAUAAUCCAAGGCAAGGGUCCCAUCGUGAAUCCAGGUUUAUGUAGAUGCUGUGGUUCUUUGAAGAGAUGUAGGAUCCUGAACGUAGAGUACUUUUGGCAGGGUCGGAAAGAGGUCUAUUCGGAGAUGUUCGUCGACUGCUUCGGUUUGAUGCUAUCACAUUUAGAGGAGGAGGAUACAGCACGUCUCAUAUGUGCCACGUGUGUCACAAGACUUAGGGACGCCAAUCUGUUCCGUCAACAAGUACUGGAAAAUGAGGAGAGGCUACUCUCGUCUUACAUAAAAAUACACGAAGAUGUGAAAUUCAAUGAAAUAAAACAAGAGGAGAUUUCUAUUAAAACUGAGGAAGAAUUCAUUGUUGAUGACAAAGUUGAUGACGAAGAUACACGAAUAUCAGACAAUGAAUGCAAUGAUUCAGAAUCCCUACAAAUGGAGUCCACAAAUGAGGAGCCUAAUUUAAUUGUAUCAAAGGAGAGAUCAAUAUCUUUAAAAGAAAUAAACUUUAAGAAAAGUAACAGAAAUGGAUCAAAUGUUAAAGCGAUGGAAAUUCCAGACACAAUUCAAAUGGAGUCCACGAGUGUGGAAACAAAUUUAAUUGUACGAGAGAGAAGGUCAAUAUCUUUGAAAGCAAUAACUCCAAACGGAAAUAAAUUCAAUAGAUCAGAUAUUAAACAGACGGACAUUCAGAAAAUGCCAGAUAAAAUCAAACCACCGGAUGGCAUACAGACAAUCAUAAAUAACUUCAUCAAAUCAAACGUUGUCAGGGAACGAUCUUUCCACAACGCUCUGACAAUUGUGGAGAACUCUUUUGCCUGUCCCUUUCGUGCAAUUUAUAACACAUACCACUGUAUAUACUGUACAAGGAAGUUCAUUGACCCCGAGAAACUUCGAGAACAUACGUUGAAUCACAAUCCAAAAGCGUACAAGGAGAUACUUAGAAAUAUAAGACAGAGAAAUAACAAAUGUUAUAUUGAUUUAUAUAAAAUAGAUUGCCGUUUAUGUGACCAAAAAAUCAACGACUUUGAUACAUUCAAAGUGCACAUCGCUAAAGCCCACGGGAAGAAGUUGUACGCAAAAGCAUCUGACAGCAAUGAUGAUUUCAUAAUAUUAAUGUUUGUUUUAACAGGCACUAACUUAAAGUGUAUGGAAUGCGAGAUGGUUUUUCCGGAUCUGCAUUCGUUAAAACUACAUAUGGCUGAUCAUUUUGGUACGUGUGUAUGUGAUAUAUGCGGAAUGCAUUACUUCGAGGACAGAAAUCUCAAGGCUCACUUAAAAAGCCACAAACCAACAGAGGCAAGCUUCACUUGUACACAAUGCGGCAAAACGUUCAGGAGCAAAUACAAUUUGAAUGUACACGUUGCUAGGGUGCAUACUAAAGAGUCGCUAUAUUUUUGUAAUUUAUGCGAUGAAAACUUCUUCUCAAACACGUUGAGACAUAGGCAUAUGGUGAAAGUGCAUAAUGAGGAGUUCUUAUACAAAUGUAAAAAUUGUGACAAAGUUUACAGUAACAGGAAACAGUUGGUGCAGCAUAAUAGACGUGUGCAUUUGAAAAUUUUGAAGCACGGAUGCCCCGUUUGCGAGAAGAGAUUCUGUUCACCUGCGUUUUUGAAAGAACAUAUGUACAGUCAUACAGGUGAGAGGAAUUUCCGUUGCGAACAUUGCGGGAAGAGUUAUCCGAGAAUGAAGGCAUUGAAGGUUCACAUACAAUCUCAUAGUGCGGUGAAAAAAUUUCAGUGUGCAAUGUGUAAUGCGUCAUAUAGUCAAAAUGUGUGCUUGAAGAACCAUAUUAAAAGACACCAUCAGACCGUAGACAACAGUGAUAAUAAUUGUCAAGGAGUGACUACGUAAAAAGACUUAAUAAGAAAUAAAUACAUUGUUUCGCAAUAA